AUGCUGAGACUAAAUACGGAAGAGUGUGAUCCCUUUGCACUGAUUGCUACAGAUCAGGAUUACAGUGAGAAAGUUAAUCUGCUAUAUAACAGCAUUUAUUCCAUUGCAACCUUAUAUAGAGGUGGUAAACACGUUCUACCAUCAAAACUUAGGGAAAAACUUGUACGCUCUUUGGAUGCCCUAAAACAGGUUGCACUUCAAGGCCCUGAUUACGUCCCUAAACCACCCACCACCGAGGCAGAAGUGAACACUUCAACAAUAGUGUGUUGCCAGGCUUCUCACGCACCACCUGUAUUACAACCAGCUAAUACUGCCGAUUCUUCGAUUCCUCUCCCCUCCACAUCAGGUCUUUCUUACGCAGCCGUAUUACAACAGCAACCCCUUCCUGUUGCAUCUGCUCCAACCCUUCUGGUUUAUCCAAAAGACGCUACUACAACAAGCAGGAAAUUGAGGGAGAAGCUCUCUCAGGAAUUUCCUCUACCUAAAUUAGGAGUUCAGGUUCAUCAAAUAAGAACCAUUCAGCGUGGAGGUUUAGCAGUAGCGUGCUCUUCAGAGGAGGAUCGUCAAAAAUUAGUUCACUCACUCUCUUCAGACAAAGCAUCAUCACUAGUCAAUAUUAAGUUACCUGCAGUCAAAAAACCACUAAUAGCGAUUCAUAAUCUACCUCCUGACAUUGAACUUACGGAAUUACAAUCCCGCAUAGAAGACUUUGGAUUAGAGGCCGCAGAUGUGCGAUUUCUCUUCAAACUCAAGCAGCGUAGGAAUGUCAAAUGGGUGGCAGAAUGCUCUCCCCAUGCCUUCCAAGUCUUUAUGCGCUACCCAAAAGUCUGUAUUGGAUGGCAAAGUCAUGCAGCUACAGAACACUUCAAUAUCAAGCGCUGUUUUAAAUGCCAAAGAUUUGGACAUGUGCAGAAGGACUGCAGAAGCACAAAUUACUGUGCCUACUGCGCCGGUCACCACGACUCUAAAGAAUGUACAGCCGAUGCCCCAGCAUGCAUUAAUUGCAUCGACCACAAUAACAGCAGCCGACCAACAGUUGCCAUCGAACAUCCUGCCUAUUCCAAUGAGUGCUUCUGCUACCAAUCCAACAUUGAGCGCAUUAGACGCCUCACGUCCUAUGAAUAA